AUGGCGACGGCCUCGCCUCCCGAGUCCCAACCGCAAGCAUCCAUCACAGUCCAAACGAGACCAAAGAAACGUCACAAGACGGCCUUCUCCUGUACCGAGUGCAACGCAGCCUUCAACCGUGCCGCCCACUUGAGACGCCAUCAGCGAGCACACCAAGGCGAGAAGCCUUACUCGUGUGCAUACUGCUCACUCUCUUCGUCUAGAAAAGACGUCAUUGUCCGUCACACCAGGAACUUCCACCCGGGCAUGGUGCCGAACCGGGCCGGCGAUGGACCACCGACUCCGGCCAAUGCAGACGGCGACACGGCGCAGACUAUCGGUAGCCCGUCCUCGACGCCAGUGUCACAGGAUGGUGGCAGUACGCAGACUGGGUUGAUACAGAGGCACCCACCAGAGGCUGGUAAUGAGCUUUGUCCUGUCUUCUCGGACUCAGGUAUCCACUUCCCUGAUCUUGGCCUCUUCAGAAGUGGAAUCACGCCUCUUCCGGAGCCAAGCUUGCGGGAGGACCUGGUUGUUGAUAUAUUCCCCCCGAGUGACCCGACCAACUCGGAUCUAUGGGAUAUGCUGUUGGCAUCAGUCCCAGAUAUUACGUCCGGUGCUUUGUCCGGUCACACGCCAGGUACUAAUCUUCAAACCCUGAGCGUGGGGCCUCCCCUCUCCUCGGAACAAAUGCGGGAAGAGAAGAAGAGCAUAUUCGACAAGAAGCUGCUGCACUUCCGAUUCCCCUCGAGACAUGCAGCGAUCCGUUAUGUGAAGGCAUACUACGAAUACAUGGACCCACAGCUGCCAAUUUUACAUGGCCCUACGCUAAACGCUGCCACUGUGUCUUACUGCAAAUUCUCCCUACCCGCGAUCACGGCUACAUGGCAAAGCCAGGAGGAUGAGUCUGCAUGGCAGGAACAUACGGACCCGGCCGACUUUCACGACACGCUUAAAAAGAUCAUUGCGGGCCAGACACCAGCCCGGAAAAUCGGGGAUUUUGGAUUCCUCAGCCUCGUCUCCGCCGUGCUGGACCACAUCUGCUCGUUCGAGACUCUCGCCAGCUCUCAGCACCAGAACCUUUACGAGAGCUUUUUCAAUGAGAUUGUGAAGCCAGUGGAGGUCCAGGACAAGAUGUGGCGCAUCCGAGCAGCCAGGGAUGCCAUGCACCGGCCCAUGAAUACACCGUUGAUACAUUCUGCCAAGUCUCUAUUGGACUCGGUGUACUAUCAUUUGUAUGGGCACCACCAACUGACCGCCAUGAAGAGCCUACUAUGCGCCCCAGAGAACUUGAACCAGUUGGCAGUGCCUCAAAAGGCCUUCAAAGAACCCGCAGAUUCAGCCACCUUGGGAAAAGCACUCACUCGUGCGGCGGAGGCUUUGAGAGGGGAUUGCCGUCAGGGGUUGAAAUACCUGCAGGGUGUCGGACCGUAUCGAUUCGCGCCUCUGACUACCACGCCGGUCUGCGAAGAAGGACUCCUCCUGUGUUGGUAUCUUCAAACUAGGCGCUCCCUCAUCCCGGUGCCAGAUCCUCAAACGACUCCUGACCUGCUCGAGAGGGAAGCGGCUUCAGAGGUGGAGGCCGUGCAAAUAAAGGCGGUCGAUGACCUCACAAUAUUCCCUCUCGAGGCCAAUGCGGAGGUCCUCCGCGACACCUCAGUCGUCUUCGCGCUCACAAUCGAGACCGUCUUUACCGCCUGCUAUGCCGGUGUUCUGCCGCAGAAUAAGGCCGCCUGGAUCGCACUCCAACUCUUCGGGCAGUGCGAUUCCAUCUGGAUCAUAUCACUCGAUUACAUUUCAUCGAGCCUUACCGUUCCGCAGGAGGACCCUGGGAUAUCAGCCGGGCUGAUCGGAACAUUCCGAAGCACGGGCAACAGUAUCGGCAACGCCAUCUUUGCCAUCAAUCACUCUUAG